UUCGACGUCCGUCAGCGAUAGUCACCGUCGUCGGUUCCAUCGAUCUUGCAUUUUGCCUGCAUUACAACCAAUUUUUGUGCUUCUCAUCGGGGUUUAUGUACCGAGGUUUCCGCCUAUAAUGAGGUCUGCAAUCGUCUGCUUGCGAAGGAACUGCGAAAUUCGGAUAUUGUUACGAAGCUGCGUAAUUUUGGAUUGGCUUCAGUGGGUCAGUUGAUUUCCUUCUCCUGUGCGCUAUAGACUUUUUGGUCUUUGGGACGGUGAGGUCUGAUAUUCGCGUCAAGGAGAUUUAGAUGAUCGAGUGUUUUGGACAUGGCUACAUAUCACUCAUCAGUUGAAGUGCUUCUCUCCUUUGCUGGUGGAUAUUGGGAUUGGAGCCAGAAAUGCAAACGAGCUCUGUAUUCCGAUAUUUAAACAUGGAGAACCCAAAAGUACAUUACUUUCUAGGGAUAUAUAAUGAAGAAGCAUGGUUUCAGCUUCGCUGCAGGCUGCAAAGGGCUUGGUAGUGGAGUAAUAAAAGCGAGAGGAAUUGGGUUCCAGAUUUUCUUUCACAAUGGUACUUCCACAAAAGGCCAAACACAAUCAUUUUUACGAAGGCAAUACCAGUGAAGGCAAUGUUAGCUACACUGUCAUCAAAGUGGCUUACGAUCCUCAGCCGAAAAGACUUAAAGCAUUACAUCAAUUAGGACAUGUGAAGGAGGAAGUCGAAGAAGUUCAGAACCUUGUACCUGAAAAUUUUGAAGCAACGAAGCAAGAAUGUCCUUUAGAGCUCAAGAAUAUCGAAGCGGAGCAUUCGCCAGGUUGUGUUUCCGGAUUAGACGAGAAAGUCCCUUUGGAGGGAAAAAUUGUCGAAGUGCCAGAAUCUGUAGGUGGUGCAGAGGAGACAGUUGAAUUGGAGGACACAAUAACUGAAUACGAGAAAAAAAGGUUGCAGAAUGUGCUGCGGAACCAGCAAUUCCUUCAAAGUCUUGGGAUCUUUAACACCAAGACCAGCUUGGAACUUCGGACUCCGAAGAGGACUUGGACGAAGUACAUUCCUCCUCCUGACAAGCCUCUGCGACGAAGUUUUCGUCCUCGAAUUCCUUCACGGAGGAAUUCUUUUCCAGAUGAAUACACUGUGAGGAAAAAGGUUCCCGCUGUGACUGCAGUCAGUGGAAAGGAGAAGCUUUUGUUGGAUGUAGAAGUCGCCAUAAAAGAUAAGCGUUUAUUGGAAGAGGAAGUCUGUGUGAAAGAGAAGCGUUUGUCAGACAUAGAAGCUUCCGUUAAGAAAACAGGUCGAGAUGUCGAAAGGAUAAGCCCAGGAAUCAGUAGCGGAAUAGAACGGACAGUUGAGUCGAAGGGUAAAUUAACGAAAUAUGAGAAAAAUAGGUUGCAGAAUGUGCUGCGUAACCAGCAAUUCUUACAAAACCUUGGGAUCAACACCAAGCGCAACUCAGUGGUUCGACCUUUAAAGAAGCCCUGGGCUAAGCACUCUCCACCUGAAGGGCCUUUGCGGCGAAGCGUCCGUGAAAAAAUCCUUUCACGGAAGAAGCUUCUCUCAGAUGCUGGUUACACUGGUGGGAACGCAGCUUUCAACUUGAAUCCAGUUAGUGACAGGGAAAAGUGUCCGUUAUUUAAGACGUACACAUGUGCAGCUGACACAUCUCCUUUUCAAUGUGAUGAUCUAAUUUCUGUAGACUGGUCUAAUGUUGUGGGUUUCCAAAAUAAAGAGACCCUGGUGGAUUCAUCGCUGGAUGAAAUCUCCAGCAUGGAUCAUAUACUAACUGAAGGGGCGACGGGCUUACUGGUAGCAGCCGAUAGCCACAGCAGAUUUGCAGUUUUCGAGACAAAUUCGGCCUCAAAUCUUACUUCAGGGUCCAUCCGUGUUUCUACAAGGUUAGAGAGAGUGGCCAUUGAAGGUGAUCGUAAAAGAGCUAGUCUUUGUUCGUGGAAGAGACCGGAAGGGUUCACUUUCGGAGGUUUUGUGCACUCGGAGAUACAGUUUCUAUCUCAGCAGCCUCAGGAGAGGAAUCUUCUACUUUCAAGCGCACCAGGUGCGAGUUUAAUCCUCUGGGACGUGAACAAGCAGUGUCGUGGACAGACGCAACCUCGUGCUAAGGCGAGGUGCGACAACCUUCAUUCCAAGGACAUCCUGGGGAUGCAUGAAUUAGAUGGCCAAAUUGCGACAGUAUCUUACGAUUCAUCACUUGUACAAUCCACGAUCACAGAGGCGGGAAUCGAAAAGAAAAGAGUCAUCACAGGACAUCAUACGGGUACCAUUAGAGGCGUGCGAUUCAGGGAAGGCAACAUUCUUGCCGAUUGCGGCACAGACACUCGAAUCUGCAUCUUAGAUCUGAGGAUAUCGGAUCCGUGCGUCUUAACUAUCAAUUGCUUGCGUAAAAAAGCAGUCGAAGUGGUUGAAUGGAGCCCCAUACAAGAGCAUCUCCUUCUUUCAGCAUCCAAGGGCCCUCAUCUUCUUGUUCACGACAUUCGGAGCUGUGCAGCACCACUUUACACCUUGACAGGACAUAUCCAGGUCGUCUCCAGAGCUAGAAAAUACAGGCCUGCAUUUGUUGGAGACGGAAGCAUGGUCGCAACUCCUGGAGAAGGCUCCAAUAUGCUCACGCUUUAUUCCCUCAAUACAGGCAAGAUUAUAAGCCAAGGAUUUUUGGGUUUUGAUCCCACCUACGUCAUGGGCAGUAGACGGACUAAGGGUAAUAGAUUGAACAUUUGGGUUCAGGGCCCUAAACACGGCUCUAUUGUACAGUUAAGUCCUAUUUUCGAAUAGUCAACAGGAGAAACAUGGACGAAAGAUUUCCACGUGUCAAGUUCCCUCAUGUGGCAGAAUUCUGAAGACGCAAGGAAAUUCAUCUAAUUUAAAAAAACAUUUAUCUCACCUUUCUGCUCAGAUCACAGCUCGUGAAGCAGGUCCUACUUUUGGGGGGGGGGGGGGGGGUGGGUAGCAAGCUUGCCACUUUAGAGAUAAUCUUCUCAUCUUCUCGUACUCUCAGAUACUAAUCUUGGUGGGAGAAAGUGUCGAAGAAAUCUGAGAUCCCUGUUUGGAGCAUGUCAAUUUCAACAGUCUCCUUGCUUCUACUUCACCAGGUGAUAUUCAUCGGAUACGCAUUACAACCCUUGAAUUGAUGAAAUGAGAUUAGUCAUUCUCCGACCUUCAAGCCUGAGCUUAGCACCAUUCUCUUUAAUAUCAAGUUGAUUUGCCAAGUGACGCUAUCUUUGUAAACGUUGGACAGCUUCUGAACCCGCCAACCACCCAAUACUUACAGAUAGUUUUUUCAGUAUUGAGGAAGAAAUUUGUCAGUUACAAGUUAUCUCUAGCCUACAUUGAUACGUAGUACAGAUGUUGGUUGAACAUUUGAAGAGGUUCACUGUUGUGUUUCUUUUAUUUCAGUUUUUAAAAAUAAUCAUGACUGCUUUCAUUGCGUUUUAUUGUAAUUUUA